GAACACUAUGCUGAAAGAACGGCGCAGUGCAUCCAACAUCUCCAUUUCUGUUUCAUCGAAGACUCCUUCGUCGGGGACUGGGCCGUCGGGUACCGAAGAAAAGAGCGCUCGCUCAAGGAGUGCACCUCCGGAUUUUCGUGUAAAUCCGAAUUAUGACCGUCUACUUGAAGCAUUUCAACAUUACUAUACGUCACUUCCAAUCACCCUAAAUGCGGAAGACAGUCCGGCUGUCAUGAUGGAUUUUUACAAGACAAUAAAGUCCAUGCCAAAAUAUCUGAUCGCCCCUGAUGGUCACAUACCCAAUUCCAUUGUGCGGCAGUUUCUUAAGCCAGAGCCCGUUCACAUUGAGAAAUCCGAGCAGGCAAUGACUGAGGCAACCAGUCAGCGCGCACAUUUGGAACAGCUCAUCAACCGCUACCUGUCUGACGAACGUACCAGAGACACACUCUCCUCUAUCACCUUCCUCAAAGAUGUCGCGCUGUUACGCGUGGCUACAUCAACUGGAGGGGUAGAGAAAAUCCGGAACGAGCUGAUGACCAGCCUGGCCAUUGAGGUUGAGGGACUUUUGGAGCGGCCUUGCGAACAAGUAGUUGAUGAAGACUCACUGGAUGAAGAUGAAGCCGCACGAAUGGAAAAGUCGGCAGAACUUCACAAAGCUGCAAGGCAGUUUGCAAAACAGGCAGUUCAGAAGCACUUUGAGCAAAAAAUUAAACAAGCCUUACAAAAACAUGGGGGAGAACGAAAGCUAGAUGAAGAGGAUUCCUUUGUAGAAGAAGUGGACAUGGAAGAUAAAGAGCCAUCGCCCGUAAAAAGUGGGCUCUCACCAACAAAUUACCGCCAAGAAGAGGAUUUAAUCGACCGUAUUGCAAAAGACCACACCCAAGCUAUUCAGGAGCGCAGACGUGUUGAGGUGGAACGUACACUACCCUUCGAUUUUGUCAAAAACACAUUAGAAAAGCUUUCCCAGGAAUGGGGUGGAAUGGCGCAAGUAAUGGAAGUUAUAUUCAGUGCAGUUCACAGAAACCAAGAUGCCUUGGACAAAUUGGACGGGUUCCUAAAAAGUCGUGAAGCACGGGUCGGUAUGAUUAAUAGUGUUGUCAGUCCAACUUGGGCUAUGGUUUAUUUGGGGAUAAUGCUUGGAACGGACCGUCUUGUGAUUAAACAGCUGGAUAUACUAAGCGAUCCCGCCACAACCCCUGAAAUACAGACCGGUGCAAUGGCCCAACUGAUUAAUUAUCUUGGAACUGCCCCUCGGAUGGAAGCUUUCCUCAAGGAAUUCCAAGCUGCUCGAAAUCUGCUGGAAGUUGCACUGACUGCUCGUGGAAUCCCAAAGGAGGUCGCGAAGAAUUUGCUCAAUGAAGCGCUCUCGGGUAACAAUGAUGCGAAAAAUCGCGUCGGCAGCUGGUUGAAAAUUGAGAAGUUGGAUGAACUACUAAAUGCAGUUAGGAUGUGUAACAAGGACAAAUGUGCAAUGCUUUUGAAUGAGUUAGAUGCUGUCAGAAGGGAUUUGCAGCACCGGCGCUCUGAAGAAGUACCAGACAUGAGUGCAUUGUCUGCAGACGCCAGCUUGCUGGCUCAAUUAGAUGAAGAUGCGAAACGAGUGAUGCAGUAUGACGGAAUCCAGGAAGUAGAUGAAGAUGAAUUGGUUCAGAAAAAAUCAUCUCCGAGGGCGCAGGUACCUAAACGUGCUGAUCAGAUUGGUCCCGUGACUAGUGAAUUGAGUGCAUCGGUGAAGGACAGCGGAUCUGUAAGCUCAGUUCCGACUUCACCAGAGAAAUCGGGACCAAAAGCUAAAGGCUGGAAGGGAGAACACGAUGAAGACGAAGAAGAGGAGGAUUAUGACGCCGAAUUUUCAUCCGGAAAGUUUUCGAGAGGACUGGACGAAUACACAAGAGCAUCCAUAAGAAUGACAGUUUUAGAAACAGACUAUGACGACAGGGUCAUGCCAGGUCGCGCCAUGCAUGGUGGAUUACUAACGCGCACCCAUCAGAAGCCAAGAAUGUCCGAGAAGCCACGGCGAUCGACCACAAGGCUCACGGGGCUAAAAGGUGCUUAUGGUCAGCUUGAUGAAACAGCUGCACGGGAAGGUGCCAUGCGUCGUAGGAAGUCGAGCAAAUCAAGGAAGAAGGAGCAGCAAGAGAUGGAUGAAGAUACAUCUGAUCAUGAAGACACACACAUGGAUACCUUGGACGGAGAACUGUUUAUGUCCGACGAGGAUACCGAUGAACUACUCAAAGCAAUGGAAAAUGAGAUGGGAGCUGUUGUCUCACCCGGAGUUGGUGUAGCUGAGGAAAGUGUAACAGAAGUUAGUGGGUCUCAGCCGGCACGUUAUCCCGAUCCAGCUUUUGAACAUGGUCAUGUUAGACGUUUUGAAGCCCAUCCAACCGACCUUAAACACCUAAUCACAUUCAAGGUGAUCGAACCUUAUCCGGACACAGCUGAGGCACUUUUGGAUGCAACAGUCAGAACACCGUGGUUCACCAAUAAAAAUGUCGCACGUCGGAAAGAACCAGUGGCAGUAGAAGUUAUGCGAGGAAUCACAACAAUAAGGCAGCAAGACCACUUGAUGGAGGCGGUAGAGGCGUUGGUUCAGCUCAGAAGACAAUAUGGCUUGGGUAUCAACUGCUGUAACUAUAUAAUCAAACAAUCAGAAAAGGUUUUUGACAAAUAUAUGAGUCUUCUGAAAAAGACCAAAAAGGCACGCGCGGAAGCCAAAAGUGAUAUUUUUGUGCGCGCUCUAGCUAUGUUGUCAAUCGCUACCAAUUUCGGACUCGACGUUGCACUAGAACUUGAACAACUUGAGAAUGAAUACACCAAAGCAAUGAGCAAAAGAGCACGAGCGAGCCUGCAUGAUGAUAAGCUAAGUGUUUCCAGCACACACAGCUGGAGAAAAACACUGGGUCAGAGUGGUGCUGAAUCCAAACCAAAACGCGGGAGAAAAGGUGAAAAAGGAAUGGUGCCGGACACAGAAGCAGGAUUCAGCAGCGAAGAGGAGCAGUCAGAGAAACGAGAGCAAGGCGAGGAAAUGGAACAAGAGAAGGCAGAGAAAUUGGAGCAGGAAGAAGCUGAAAAAAUAAUACAAGAACAAGUGGAAAGUGAGCUUGAUAAAGCGGAGCUAGAGGAAAAACUCAAGGAAGAAGAGUUGUCCCCAGAGGAACGGAAACGUAGACGUGCACAAAAAAGGGAGGAAAUUGAAGCCAAGGUUCGAAAAAAAAUUUUGGAACAAAAAGCUCGUGAUCGCACUUCUGCACGUCAGAGAACAGAGCAGGUGAUUAGAAGAACGAGUUCUUCUGGAUCGGCAAUACCGCCAGCACGAUCUGAAUCAGGGGAGGUCCAAUGGGAAGGAGAACCGGGAGUGUUAGGUCCCAGCCGCAUACUGGCCAAAAAGCGUAUGUUGCAAGAAAAGGAUACAGUGAGCAGUUCGAGUCAUGAAAAGUCCGCCAGAGAACUUGAGGAAGAGAUCACGAUCGCCAGACACGAUGUCAAGCGGCGAAAGAAACCCAGGGGUUAUGAAGGAGAACGAAAACCAGUAACACGAAAAUCGCCGUUUCGGAUGGAAAAGGAAGAGACGGUACCUUCUAGUAAACAUAUCAAAAGUGGUGAACCUGCUGAGCUUCACUUGCGGCCGCCCGCCAGUCUAGUGGAAAUGAAAGUUACGAAAGAGGAAGAGGAAAUCGUGGAAGAGGCUGCCAAAAUACCACUUAUUAAACUCCCCACGGUGCCAAAACCGAUAGACCGCUCUUCGGUUACAUCGUUCCUGAAAGAAUUUCUUGAAAAGCAAGGUCAUACCGUAGACUCAGGACUGGUUCCCUCAGUAUCGCUCAAAGCUUUGGCGGGCGCUCUGCAAGACCCUCGGCGGAUGGCCGAGGCUGAACGUGUGAUUGAUGUCAUUCAGAAGGAGCUUGGAGUAGACGAAUCAGAUCCUAUUCUACUGAUAAAAAGAAUGAGAGAUCAGAUGGAUGGGAUUCCUGAAUCGAAAUUUCAGCCAUUUAAUAAAAUGAUCAACCUCCUGAGCGUAUUCCUUGCUGUGGAGUGUGAGCAGGCGGCGGCAGAUGACACUGACCGUGAGAAAGGACCCCCACUUACUUUUUUGGGACAAGCUGAAGCCUCGCGUCAACGCCAGAAACUACUGAUGGCUAUGGUGGAUGAUAUCGUUUCUCAGUUGAGCUAUGAAUACACUAUGUUAGAUGACCUGUCGCCACAACAACGAGCCGUUUGGCUGACGCUAGAGACGCAAGCAGAUUCGAUGAAGGAAACCUGUGAGAAGAUUGGAUUUUUGGUUAGCUCAAAAGUUUUGACGCCAGAAUUUGCCUCACUCGUGACCUCUUUGUUUAUGAUGACUCUGCUCGAUCUUGAGGCUAUCUUGAGACGAGGACACGAAUUGAGAGAAUCAGAGCAGCAGAACAUAUACUGUCAAUCAAAGAUGAUGCUUGAGGUACUAGGUUGGUUUAACAUCAAACCGAAAAGACUGAUUGAAAGUCUGGAGGAAUUCAGCUACUUGAUGUCAUACGAGCCAAUACUUGAAUGCCCUCCAACUCCUCAAGUCAACCCUCAACAAUUAGAGGUCAUACUGCCUUCAUCCUACGUUAAUAUGGUGGAAGAAGGUACGUUGGACGGUUUCGGAAAGGUCGAAUUCAUCCCGGACGACAAUCGCGUGCCAUUGGAAGAUAUGUAUUUACAAAGAGAUGGAAGAAUGAAAAGUUCGACAACGGCAGUUAGAAAGCGCGUUUUCGGUUGUGCGACGGGUACUUCCAUUGAAGAAUGUGUCCAACACCAGAAGCUGCGUUGGUUGGGACAUGUGUUGCAUAUUCCGGACCAUCGUUCGCCGAAGAGAGUGCUGUUUUCCAUGCCCAAUUCGGAGUGGCGUAAACAGAGAGAUGGCCAACUCCUGAGGAUGAGGCAGAGGAGUAUGAAGGAGAUCACGAAACGCUUGGGUGCUGUCGGUGCUACUCGCCUUCCAGGUUGGGGACCGCGUGAUCCUCACUGUGCCUGGUUGGAGACACCACAAGAUAUGACUACCAACCGAUGUCAGUGUCAUGCUGCCCGGGUGGAUGAGUCGAAAAAGAAUACAUGGUUGGUUAUGAUGACAGGGAGACUGUCGGAAAUUCACAGAACUUUUGACCAACACCUAAUGCAACUCGGCCCUGAAUGUCCACUAGUACGACUGAGCGCGAGAUUGGCUGAUGGGCUAGCUCAGCUGACACAAGAGGAGGAAGCGGAGGAGGAUACAGAAAGAAGUGAAUUCGACGAGGAUGGAGCUCGAAUUAUGGCAUUCGAAACAGGGAAAAUUGCCAUCACUAGUAAGGGAUUCGAGGCUGCCAACGCGCUGAGCCUACGGAGGAAAACAAUGCCAAGCACCCACCGUCGGCAAGCAGCACUUGAGAAAAUGUCAGCGACUGAUGAAACGCUCUCACCUCUACCUCCACUGAAGUCGCCAACUCUGCCACAAGUAAGAGGACGUGCGAUAACCGGUUCGAUACUGGAAGACAAACAAAAAGUUUUAGCCCUGUUGCCGCGUUCAGUCGUAAAAAGUCACCUAAAAUCAGGACAGGAAAUGCAAUUGUUGUAUCACACAGGGUCUUUGGCACUGGUCUCAGCGGACAGAGACGCACCGUCCUCUUCUAAGCCGUCAACUCCGCAAGUCCCAAGGAGGCCGGUCUACAAGCGCCACAAAGAAUUGCCUGUUCAUCUGGCCCGACAUACAUCUCCAACAGUUCGAAGUCCAGAGCCAAAAACAACACAACGCCAAAGUCGGCCCUUACUGGCCCAACAAAAAACAGGAACCAUCUCACCACCGAAUUUACCAUGGGAAUUACCCGUCAGAGAGGACGCACAGGAACCAGAAAUCGCAACUGUUCCUCCGACUGUAACCGUUGCCUCAUCAUUAGAGGUAACGGAACUGGAUAAACUAGAGCUAUUCAAACCUCCGGACAAAGAUGAGAGUGGUAUAAGUUCCUUUCAAACCAAACAACUAGAUCAAACAGCAUUCAGUGUGGAACCGAGCUCAUCGUCGAUUCCAGUCAAAAUAAUUGCACCUUGGGAGAGGCGUGAAGAGCUGCAAGAGGAGUUUCUGGCCACUAGCCCGGAGGAGGUCGUUGUGAUCAAGGAGUCGAAAAAAUCGGGUGUGUGGAAUUGGUUUGAUAAUCUAGUACAGGCGAAAACCGCUGCUAGUAAGGCAUCAUCUGUUCAAGUGGAUCCUGAAAGAAAGCGCCAGCAAAGUUUUAUCAAACUUAAACCGAUCAAAUUACUUCGGGCCCUCGAGGCCAAAGUGACCAGACUUCAACACUUAGUCGAAAACAUUCAGGAAUGUCCAACACUGUCCAUUGCAACGCUACAUACAGAUUCCGACCAAACUUCAGAUGUAUCAUCUACCCCCACGGAAUCCGUAGUGGAUUUUAUGUUGCCCAGGAGAGUAGGAGAGAAUUUCUUUUCUCCUACCAUAGCACGUCCGCACAAGCAAGAGAAACUAGGAAAACAGCGGAGCAGUGUGAAGAGGCUUUUACGUCACAAGCAAGCAGAUCCUGAACUCAGUCAGUUGGCCGGACUAUCAAGAACUCGCCGAAGGUUGAAAAAAAGCACAGACUUACCCACGAUAACAAGCGUGGAGGAACUGACCGCCAAUUUGGAUACGGUCACCCGUUAUUUGAAAUCAGUCAUGCCACCUGGCAAUUUGACGCGCUUGCUGGCGCAACUACGGAACGAAAAAACAUCCGCCGAAGCAGUGGCAGAGUUGGAAGGUGCACUGAUUGAUGCCGCACAGAAGGCGCGUAAUUCAGAGGCCGACGCACAACUUGACUUCGUCCGUCUAUCGUCAAGACCAUCUAAGAUCCCCCUCAGCCAAUGGAAAGUACUGGACAUUCCACAGAAGAUAGAAAGAGGUCCGAGUGACAUGUUUCAAAGCGAGACUCAGGGCGUACACUGUCGCUAUGCUCAACUUGCUCGUAAAGGCUUCCAUAAACAGGACUUAUCCAUUGCCGCCCAUUUGACGAGAAUGGAACUGGUGAAUUGCAUCAAUAAAGCAAUACAAGAACGGGUCUCAAGAAGGUCAUCAAUUAGGAAGCGAAUCAACAAUAAAACGGAUAGACAUCAGACAGUACAAACAAGAAGAACAGGUGAUCGGACACCAGUAUUACUUUGGUGUCACAUUUUUUUGUUUUCAUGGCCACACACAAGGACAAUACAUAUAAACAAAGAAAAGUAUAAGAACGGUGUUCUUCCGAAUUUUCUUCUCAACUGGGACGAUGGACGCAAAGGUGGUUCUCAGCAGACUGGACAGUCGCGAGGGUCUGAAACAAAAACGAAACAAGGUGGUCAGUUGUGA